UUAUUGAAGUACAGUAAAUUAUACUACGGCUUAUGCUGUCAGUGGCCCUGAUAAACCUAACAAAGAAAGAAGGAAGUAAAUUAUACGUACAACUGCACACGUUUUAAGUGAUUACAAGUGUGUCACACCCUAACAUAUGUUCAUAACAUGGAAUGACCUCAUCUGAUUAGCUUCAAAUUUUCAAUGCUGGUGUAUGGUAACUGGGCAAGAUUGAUGCGACUAUUAGCAUGUGCAGUGUGGGGAUGUACAGCUCAGCAAAUGUGGCUCCUCACACGUCAUGGGACACGCUUUCCAACACAGACUGAUAUGGGCAGGAUGAUGAAUGUAUUGCCAAGUUUGAGCCAGCAAAUAGAAGUUAAUCAUCGGCAGGGAAGAGGUUGUUUAAAUGAAGAAGAUUUAAGCCAGCUAGGUAGUUGGUUUCCUCCCUAUGGUCCACGAGACAAGGAACAACUGCACGAGAUAGGAUAUGAUGAGCUUUUUUCCAUUGGCGAGUACUGGAGAGACAUGUUCCCACACCUUUACAAUGUCACGUAUGAUCCUGCCAGGUUCAAGGUAGAUUUUACAGUAAAAAACCGUACUGGUUCAGAGUGCAUAUCACGUCCUCAGAGGCAUGUUUGGGAGAAGAGCAGUUUUGGAAAUAAGAAUUUCCUCAACCAUAUAACCCCAACUUCAUUUGAGAUUAAGUAG